AGAAAUCUGGCAUUGAAAUCACUCGGCGCGAUCUUAUCAUGGAGGCCGAAGUCUUCGAUCGAUCGGCUGAGCUUUCGAUAGUUACGGGAUCCAAUCUCGACCCCAAAAAGUACUGGUAUGUGCUAACGAAAAGUCUCAAGCGCGCCAACAAAGGCUGUUCGUUCAACACCAGGCGCGAUAAAAAGCAGAGAUACUGAGAUUCAAGUCAAUUACAAGUCAAUUACAAGUCAAUCAGAUAUCAGAUGGAGCUAUCGACUGAAAACUUAGACAUUCAAGCUGGUUUAGAAGCAGAUGUCGUGGUUCAUCCCAUGCAGGGUAACCCGAACCAAGAAUUUCACGUAGAAGUGAGUUUGGAACCCGCUGAAAAAGUGCAAAUCGUCGGUAUUUAUAAAGGAGACGACGGCAAUUUUCACGUCAAGUUUAUUCCUGUGGUACCAGGCACCUACGACAUCUUCAUAGAUGGCGAGAAGCUUGUUGACAGUCAUUUUACUGUACAAGCGAAAGAACGACAGAUGGAUGUUAUCAGUAAAUUAGAAUUGAAGGGAGAAAUUCCUAAACAGCCCAUUGGAAUUGCCGUCAACAGCCAGGGGCUAAUCGCUGUUGCUGAUAUCCACAAACACUGUAUCUUUAUAUUCGGCGAAAAAGGAGAUUUCCUGAGAACACUCGGCUGCUAUGGAAAGAAACCUGGACAACUUAGCAGUCCCGUUGGAGUAACGUUCCUGAAUGAUGACGAGAUUCUGGUAGCAGAUGCACUGAAUCACCGCGUUCAACAGUUCAAUGUAAAGAUAGGUACCUUUGUACGAAGCUUUGGAGGAGAAGGAACAGGAGAAGGAGAGUUUAAAAACCCAGCAAGUGUUUGUAUGGAUGGCGAAGGACAUGUUAUUGUGGCCGACUGCUUCAACAACAGAAUCCAGGUCUUGACACAAGAUGGUGAGCCAGUGCUUAAGUUUGGAGACUACGGCUUAGGAAAGCUUGAUCAUCCCUUUGGGUGUGUCUUUCACAGAGGCAGAUUCAUUGUCUCUGAUGCCUGGAACAACUGUUUGAAAGUGUUUGACCGUUCAGGGACGUUUCUAAAAAGGAUUGGAGAGAAAGGGGAGGCUGAUGGGCAGAUGUGCUCUCCAUGGGGUUUGUGUAUUGAGAAAUAUAGCGAUCAUCAGAAUCUUCUUGUCUGUGACGGAAAUAAUGGUCGUAUUCAACAGUUCACAACGGAAGGUGAGUUCACUGGCAAAACUGUGUGUAAGCUGCAAUAUCCCACGGCUUUAACCACAACGCCUGAUGGACGCAUUUUGUGCUGCGAUUUACAGAUGGGUGAAGUGUUCAUUCUAAAAUGAUUGGUCUGCCAUAAACUAUUGUGAUUAGACUAGGAAAUUCGUAUUUUCACUGGAAUCAAUCGGAAGCAAAGCUAAAGAAACGUGACUCGGACACACGCUUUUUCAAGCAAUUCGAGUAUUUAUUUUGUCUUUACUUUAUCACGACCAGCUCUUGCGAAACUUUGGCCUUCUGCGCAGACGUCAUUACGCUCGCAUGUCACGCAAUCAUUCCCCAGCCCCCUCACAAAAACACUGUUGGGGUGGAACGAUUACGUGACGUGACGAGCUUAACAACGUUUGCGAAGGAGGAAAGAGGAACUUUGAAUUUUAGUUUUCAACACUCAACUGAAAAGCCUAGCUAGAGAUUAAAAUUUGCAAGUUAUCGAAGAAAACCACCUUUAAAAACAGGAAUCGUACUCAGUUUAGGUAAUCCUAUUGGUAGACUUAGCACCCAUAUCUAGAGGCCGGACUUAUGCUUUUUUAUGGAACCGAGUUGAGAGUGUUUUAAUUCGUGUGCUUUAUGAGGUAGCCGCAUGAAUUUACACUCACAAGACAAACACGGACUGGAAAGGGAUUGAUUUUAUACUUCAAAGAGCGACAAGUUUGAAAUAUAGUAAACUGGGUAUCUGUUUUUAAGUUACAUCGACAUUAUUCACCUUUCACUUUGCUUUAUAGAAAGGAUAAUAUCGAGUGAUAUAAAAACAAAAAAAAAAUUUUGCACACUAUAGUCCGAUUUUAAAAACUGACGUCAGAGUUUAGUCACCAGUGUCCGAAUUCAAACACUGGUGUCCAAAAUUGGAGACUAGUUCCUAAAAUCGGACUUUAGUGUCCAAAAUCGGACUCUACUGGCCAAAAUCGAGAAGUUGUGCCUAAAAUUAGACACUAGUGACUAAAAUCAAACACUAGUGUCGAAAAUCGGACGCUACUGUCCAAAAUCGGCCCUAAAUCAGCCCAAGAAACUCGCUCGAUGCAAAGGAACAAUCUCUUUAGCAAGGUAAGUUUGGUUUUAUUUAAAACUAGUUCAGAUUUUCUAGGUUGAGAAAGGGACCGUUUCUUCUCAUACAGGUCCUUUCAUUUCGGCCAUUGAGCAAGCUAAACAUAUUUGCAUGUUAUACGGAGGUUCAUUUUGUGAGCUUGGGCUACCAGUGGUGAAAGCGUACAUCUUGGGUUGAUUUCCAAAGCACAAAGAACACUGUUAUGGUCGCAAUAAAAAAAUUACGAGGGAGCAUUUAUCUGAAAAAAAUAUUAUCCUAGAGCUAGGCACAUCUUUUUACAUAUUAUUUCAACUGAUUCCUUUCUGUUCAAUUUGUUGCAUGCAACCUUAUUUAAUUCCGUCCACUGAUUCCUGGAAAUUCCUUGGCACGAUGUUACGAAUUUAGAUAUUAUUUUUUCAUCAUGAUGGUUACCAAAGAUGGUAGCUCGUCUAAGUAUGAAACUCAGCGGAGAUGUAAAUUCGAAUUCAAGCUUUAGCCGUUUUCCGUCAAAACUGGAGAAAAUAUGUUUGUUUUUGUACGAGAAAAAAAUAAAAGAACUAUUCUCCCUUAGAAGGAAAUGCGUCAUUAGUCUUUCUUUCUAACAUGAUAAACGAAACUCCAAUGCAUCCGCAUACGAUUGUUUCUGGAAAUCCUUCAUCUUAAGCCAUGAAUAUUAUUCGUCGAUAUUUCUGAAGCGUUUAGCGGAGAAACUUUCGUUUAACAGUGAAUGCCGUAGUUCCUAGCCGCCUGUGCACGAAUUUAAGUUCUGAAAUCUCGAAUCUACCUGGUGUUAGGUAUG